CUACCAUGGAGAGAUCGGGCAGAUUCGGAUCACGAGAUUACUGAGCACUCGGAACAGUUUCGUUUUCCCGAAGGCAUUGCGUGAUGUCACUAUUCCCGAACAAGUCUGCCAUUCCCACUUAGUGAUUCGGUUAUUCUUGGGUUAUUCGUUAUUCUUCUUGCCUACAUUUUGCCUCAAUUAUUUCAAGUAUUCGUGUGUUUGUAUUCUGAGUAGUACAGAUUCUCAACGGAUGAGCAAUAUCCAGCUGAGUUUAUCAAGGAUUUUUAUUUCCGGGCGUCGUAUAUGUAACUGGCCAUCUUCUCAAAGGAAGGAAGAGAUGGCCAGAAGAUCACAUUAACUACUGGAAAGGAAAGUUGACACUUUGUUUCCCCAGGCAUUUAACUACUUGGAUGCGAAUUCGAUCAAUCUAUAACUGCAACCUUUCGUCAUUUGAGGUCAUGUAAGCAUCACAUGCUGUGGUCAUUAUCAUCUAAGGAUCGAAUUACAACGCCGAGUCAACUGGAGCCUGAAUCGGCUGUUGUUGCAGUAUCUUUUGGGAAACGGUGUCUAAACUAAGGAACAUGAUGUCACUCUGUCGGGGAUUGAUGCCAUUUUAACGUCAUACAACAUCCGCUGUUAACAAAUGUGAGUUCAGAUUCCAGAGGAUUUCAAAUGGACGUGUUCUAUCCAGACACAUCGUUGUGUGAGGGAGUUAGGCUAAUCGAAAGUUUGUCUGGCGAGACGAAGUCUACCAUGGCUUUGGAAGAAGAGGAAUUGCUUCAGGAGAAUAUCCAAGAGUUACUCAGUUUACUUGCUUGUGUCAAGAAUAAUUCUAACGAAGUUGAAGUGGAGAACUGCAUGCAUUUACUCGCUGACAGUUUGGAUGACGAAGUGGACGUAGACACUGAGCUCCUUGAAAGGAAACAAGCUCACUUAACUGUGCUAGACGUAAUGCGUUCCCACGAAACAAGUCACAAAAUUCAACUUUAUUCCUGUUUUGUGCUACAUAGGUUCGUGGAACUUAAUCCGCGUGUUCAAUCUGAACUACAGGAAAGAAAAGCUCACAGAGACAUUUUAAAAAUGAUGAAACUUCAUAGUAACAAAAUGAAUCAAGUUAUAGGUUGUAAAAUGUUGUCUGCGCUGUGCACUUCCACGAGAAUGAGAAGCCUUGCAUUGGACAGUCGUGCAGUAGAUUUCGUUCUAUCUGCAAUGAGCUAUUUUGGAGAGGACGAGGAAUUUUAUAUACCUGCGUUUGAAGCUCUCACUCAACUACUGAGAGACGAUCCGUCUGCACAGGAGGACUUGAUUAACAUGGAGGAGAAAAAACCGCCUCGAAAAAAAUAUCGCAUUGUUGUGGAAACCAUGGAGAAAUUCGCUAAGUCAGGAGACAUCCAGCAGCAAGGAAUUCAGCUGAUGUGUGUUCUAGCAUCUUCAAACAAGAAUUGCCAGGCUCUUGUUCAUGGAAGAACAUUCAUGGUUGCCUUGGAAGCAAUGAAGAAACAUUGUGAUCGCAGUGGAGUUCAAGCAGUGGGAUGCAGACUACUUGUACUUUUGGCAGCCUUGGAGCCUCACAGAGCAAUUCUAGUUCAGCAAAAUGUUGUUUUAAAUGUUAUUCUUAGGGCAUUACAACAGUUUAAUAGUUGCAUGGAGGUUCAGAAAAAUGGCUUUACUGCUUUGGCUCUUCUCACAGAAGAACUAGACAAUAAACUGCAAGGAAGAUUGCAGAACUACAGCUGGACUCAUCAAGUAUUUACUGCUAUGACAAGCCACUAUGAUAAACCAGAGGUCUUAAUUGCAGCCUGUCAUGCUCUGCAAGAAUUGAUUGACUUCUGUCCUGAUGUCUUGACUGAAAUAGGAGGAGAUGGCAAUGCCCUUCCCAUACACAAUUGUUGCAUGGCUGCCUUGAUGUUGCAUGCAGAUGACUUAGAGCUAUGUGUGUCAGCAUGCAGGGUCUUAGCAUCCAUCGUCAACAUGUCCAACCCACUAAGGGAGUCUUUGAUGUCCAAAGGGUUAUACAUGCACAUUGUCCAAGCAAUGAAACAACACAAGACAGAACCACGAGUGCAACAGUGGAGCUGUAGAGGGCUGAGGGGAUUGUCAUUAUCUGGGUUUCAUCAUAAAGAACUCUUGAUUAACUGUGGAGUGUUAGAGCUGGUGUUUGACUGUACUUGGAGGUUUAGAGAUAACAUUCUUGUCCAACAAGAAGCCAUAGCAUUGAUUGCAUGCUUAGCAACAGAUGUUGAGCUUGUUUUACAUCAGAGUGCUAUUGAAGGGAUUCAUGGAACGAUUUUGAAUGCUAUGAACUCCUUCCCAGAUCAAGUGUCCCUUUGUGAGAUCUCAUUGGAAGCUUUGGGUGUGCUUUCUGCUGCUGAAGAAGUUCCACAUCUCCUCGUCAGUUCAGAGUAUGGUGGUUUAAACAUCAUUUUUGACGCGAUGAUAAAACAUCUGAACGAACCAGCCAUACAACAGAAGGGGUGCAUUCUUAUUCAAGUGCUGGCGCCCUUUCUGUCUGAUGAACAUUGUCAAAAGGCAGUGUCCUCUGUCUUGGAGGCCAUGUGUAAGUACCGAGAAGACAGAAGUGUUCAAGCCGAAGGGUGUGUAGCCAUGCUGGUCAUUGCUCAAAUAGACGAGACAAAGAGUUCAAUUUUAGUGAACAAUUGUGCACAUGAAAGGCUUUUCUUCAUCUUGGAGAACUUUGUAGAGGAACCAGACCUAGUGUUCUUGGCCAGUGAGUGCAUUCGGUAUCUUGGUUUGGAACGCAACCUUAAAACACAAAUGCUGUUGUCAGCAUGUGCGGGUGGCCUUCUCAAAGGAGCCGAUUGUCUGAUCAAGAAAGGAGCAGAUGUGAAUGCUGGUCAAGGCGAGAACACACCUCUUUGUCGUGCGUGCAAAAACGGUGAAGAAGAAAUGGUACGGUUGCUACUCACACAGGGAAUUACAGACAUUCAAUGUGCUCUGAGGCUUUCCCUUGAGAUGGGACACGAUAACAUUGUAGGACUGCUUCUUCAACAUCUCGGUCACGACAAAGAGGCUGGUAUCAUAGCAUUUAGCAAACUCAAUCUGGGUGACUUACGCCCAGAAUGGUUAUCGCCUUCACUGUCGGGCUUUAAGUACUCUCCGCCAGAUCUCUGUGCGGGUUGGCCUGAGUUCAUCGACGACGCCAAGAGAACAAUGGAACGAAGAGCUUCACUCAAUAGUCGCCUGAGACGAAAAGGGAGUGAGUCGAUGCUCAACAAGUCUCCCAGCGCUAGUUCUACCAACAGUAAGGCCGAUUCAUUCUCUCUCGAUAGAGAGACCUCUUUCACCUUUGAGUCAAUUGAUUAUUCUGAUUCCGACUCCGACCUUGAUUUUGAUUUACCAGAGUUAAGUGAGGACGCACCACUGCGCGCACGUAGCAUCAGUGGAGCUUCCCUGCCUUACAGCUCGCAUGAUCCUCGCAUUGUGUCUCCCUUCUCCGACGAUAAUUGCGUCAUAUUACCCAGGAGUCCGCGAAAAGUAUCAGUUGAGGAACCCACGCCCACUCGCCAGCGUCCGGUGUUGACAAGACGUUCAGCAAGCGACGUAAAUCCCCCUGUGCAAAGUUUUAAAGACCAUUUUUCUCGCAGUGUGUCCGACUCUGAGGAGGCUGAUGCUAUAUCAGAAUCUGGAGACGAUGUACAGCAACCAGGGAUGUUCAAAAUGCCAAAUGGAAGCUACGUCUACAGUUGGGACGCGCAGGAAAGUUAUAGAGAACUGACUCUGAGUGCUCCCUGUCAGUUCGAAAGUGGAAAAUUGUCGCAUUUCGCAGCCCGCAAAGAAAGGCGUACUGCGAGAACGUUUGAAGAACGAAGAAAGCGAAGAGAGUCAAUUAGAGUCCUAUCCGCCAAUGCAACCGUCCUUUCUAUUGAUGCUUCCAGCAACAGCAUUGUUAGCAUUGAUCCUCUGGCAGACGCUUCCUUGCUACUUCUCGCUCAUCUAGCAAAGGUUGAGAGGUUGGAUCUAAGUCAUAACCACUUGGAACGCUUUCCUCCUAAACUCUGUGAUGCUAUGCCUGUGUUAAGGCACGUGAAUUUGAGUCACAACGAGUUUAAGGAUUUUCCCUUCUGCUUUGUCCAUGAGUCAAGCACGGUGAAAUUACUGAACUUGUCGCACAACAAGAUCGAGAUGAAAUCUUAUCCUUCAUUCCACGGGUCCAGCAGUAUGAUGCUAGAAAACUUGAAUCUGUCGCACAACGGAGAAACUUGUUUUCCUGAGAGGCUAGGAGAGCUAUUUCCAGGUUUAACAAGCUUGUAUGUGUCGGGCAAUAGCAUAAAAAAGCUACCCGACUGCUCUCUGAACCUGCCACAGCUUAAAACAUUGGACUUGUCAAAUAAUCAGCUGUCAGAGAUUCCACCCGAGUUCUUUGCAGACAGUUCUGCUCUCGAAACUCUUUUGGCUUCAAAUAAUUUACUUUCAACAUUACCUGAAGCUGCUGCCCCAUCUUUGAAGAAUUUAAAAACAGUUCGGUUGAACAAAAAUAAGCUUGGGGAAUCAUCAACAAAGAAACAGUUUUCGAUCUCUCGAUUUUUUCUAAAGCUCCCCAAUUUGAAGAUUUUGGACCUUUCCAGCAACAAUCUUGAAGACAUCCCACCUCCCAUCGCUUGGUCCACCCGGCAACUGAAGGAGCUCGUGCUAGCUGAAAACAAAAUUAGGAAGUUGUCGUUGGAGGGUGUUGAAAAUUGGUCAUUUCUUGAAAGACUGAUCUUGAGUAGCAACUGUUUAAAGCAAGUACCCGAUGGAAUCGGGGAAUUGACAUCCUUGACUUCGCUCGAUUUGAGUCGAAAUACCGGCAUCACGCAUCUGCCAGAUGAAAUGGGAAGAUUAUCCAAUCUGUGGGAUUUGCAGUUGGCUGAUCUUAAGCUUGAUUUGAAUUCAGGUAUUCUAGAAAGCAAAGCUCAAGAACUCAUUGGGUUCUUGCACUCCAAGCUUAAGAACUCAGUGCCAUAUUACCGCAUGAAGCUAGUUGUUGUUGGACAGGCAGGACGGGGAAAGACAGCCUUGUUGAGUUUGUUACGAGAACACAAUGCUACAGGUCAACACCCAGAUGUCACGAUGAGAGAAUGGUGCGUGAAAGAUCCCAAAGCUGAGUGCAAGGAGUGUCAUCGCAAAAGUGUAGACUAUGUCUUCAGCACAUGGGAUCUCAAGGGUAGGGAUGACUUAUACAGCGCCUAUCAGUGCCUUCUGUCAUCGAGGACUUUGUUUCUUGUUGUUUUUGAUGUUAGCAAAGGUACCAGUGAGAUUGAUGCUCUCAAGCCUUGGCUUCUCAACAUACAUGCUUGUGCACCUGAGGCAUCGGUCAUGCUCGUAGGCACGCACAAGGACAAAGUACCAAAGGAUCGAGAAUCGGAGGUAUUCAAAGCUGUUACAGACAGAGCCCUUAGUAUGUGUGCUGGCGCUGGCUUCCCCCAGAUCACGAGCAUCGUUGCGCUUGACUGCACUAAAGACACACCAGGAAUGAAGGGUUUCCGUACAAACAUCGUGCAGCUGGUAACAAAGUGUAUGUGCAAGGGUUCCUCUUUGAUUGGUCAUACAGUGCCUCAGAACUUCGUGAAGCUGCAAGAUUUGAUACAGCGUUACAUCCGUACCGAAGACUCGCGAAGAAUCUUGACGAUGGCUAAAAUCCGGAAGCUCAUUCAAGACAAAAAAAUGUUCAUGGAUGAUGCUGAGAUCGAACAAGCCAUCAAGUUCUUGAGUGAAGCAGGAGUACUUAUCCAUAUUGAUGAUCCAGCCUGCCGGCUGAACGAUCUUCUCUUUGUUGUUCCCAUAUGGGUUUACAAGCUGUUAGCCCACGUGGUUACCCGAAGAGACGUUAAGAACGUCGAUGGGAUCAUUGGAGUAGCGGAGCUUGAGAAUCUAGUCCGAGAGGGAAGUGGUAUAGUGAACGUCAAUUCAGAUCUCAUGCCACAGAUUCUUAGGCUUCUUGAACAUUACUGUAUUGCUCUUCCGCUUAGAGAUGACAAAUACAUUUUGCCAUCCUUGCUAAGCAAGAAACAACCAUCACUCAGAAUUCCUAAUUCAGAGGGAAACGUUAGUCGUAUGUACAAACUGGCCUAUGUACCCCCCAGUUUCUGGCCUCGGCUCCUUACUAGGGUCCAGACGUUUGUUGCGAAUUUGUACAUGGACCACAGAGUGCGAAUGGAAAGCCCUCUUGAACCUCAAGUGACGCAAUGGAAUUCAGGAGUUUAUUUAUACUGGGCAGACCAAGCAUUCUGUUUAAUAUGUCAAGGUUUGACCAACCCCCACAGCGACACAGUGGUUACCAGUCCCCACAGCGAUACAGUGGUGAUUACAACGCCGAGCACAGUGCACGGAGCGAGAAUCCUUGCUCAUGUGGUGGAUCAUUUGGACACUUUACUAGAGGAGUGGUUCCCCGACUUGUGUAAAUUAGAUCCUGAAGGCUCGCCACUUGUCAAAAAGCAGGCUGAGUGCCCUGUGUGCAAGGGCGAGAAGGCCCACACAUUUUCACUCAACGCUAUAGCACAAGCUAGUGAAAAUGAGUACGUCAUGUGCCCCAACACGAAAUUGCUGGUUGCCCUGCGCCAGAUAGCUCCCGAUGUUGUGAUGGAAGAUGUCGGCGAUCAAUACAGGAUUGAUGGAAGUAAACUGGAGUUGGACAUAAAGCGAGCUAGGCUUCUCGGUGAUGGCGCAUUUGGACAUGUCUACAGAGCUCGUUAUAAUGGCAAGCCUGUUGCUGCUAAGGUGUUUCAUGUUAGAAAUGAGGACAACCCUCACACGUUACUUCGUCAAGAACUGAUAUUCUUACGUAAGCUUCGCCAUUUGAGCAUCAUUACCUUGGUGGGAGUCUGCAUGAGGCCAUGGUCCCUGAUAUUGGAGAUGGCGCCAAUGGGAUGUCUUGGUUCACUUUUAAGCAACGGGCAGGCACUUAGCAGAGGAAUUCAACACAGAAUCGCACUACAGGUAGCCGAAGGUUUGGUGUUUUUGCAUCAUCACAUGAUCGUGUACCGUGAUUUAAAGCCAAACAACAUCCUCAUCUUCUCGCUGUCCGUCGCAAAUUUGAUCAACGCGAAGAUAUGUGAUUAUGGCGUCGCUCGAUACGCCACACGAUGCGGAUUAACUGCCUCAGAAGGGACGCCUGGUUAUCGAGCACCCGAAAUCGCCCGAGGUGACGUCACUUACAACUUGGAAGCCGAUUUGUACUCGUUUGGUAUGUUCCUGUACGAGCUUGUAACCGGAGGAACCAAACCAUUCGAAGACUUGCGCUUCCGGCACGAGCUUGACGCGGCCGUGUUGAAGGGUCGCGCUUUGGAUCCUAUCACGGCAUCCCAAUGCCCUCCAUGGCCUGAUUUUGCAGAUCUUAUUGCGCAUGCCCUGGAGCCUUUGCCAAGUAGGAGAAUAUCAGCUGUCCAGGCCUACUCACGUCUGUGUGACCCCGAGCUGAUCUGUUUAAAACGUGAAAUCGCAGUUUGUAAGGGACAAACGGUGGAGUGCAUGACCAUCCGACACUUUACCGAAAAUAACACGCCCAAACUGGAGGUGUGGGUUGGUAGUGGACAAUCAGACAACCAAAGUGGUCAAGUGACCAUUAUCGACCUCUCUGAAAUGGGUGUAGAGGGCUGCACAGGUACCUUUAUUCGAGACAAACGGGUAAAGAGCAUCCUAGCAGUGGAAAGCGACACUGUUUUGGCUGGUACUCAAUCCGGAAAGAUAUGGGUGUUCGACGCCUGGGAUCAUAGGUGCCUGUUCGAUCUGCCUAAGUUACCUCACGCCAUUCUUUGCCUCAAACAUUACAAAGACGACGAAGUGAAUGUAGUGCUGGCGGGACUCGCCAAUGGCCAGCUAGCUGUGUAUAACAGUAGUAGUUUAAGAGUAGAAGACACCAGUCCAACGUAUUUUGACCUAUGUUACAGCAAGAUCCUCAAGGGUACGUCCUGUGCAGACUGCAAUAUUCAUCCUGUCGCCUGUAUGGCUGUUGGCAAGAGGAGAUUGCUUUGCGGAUGCGGUAGUGAAAUAGUGGUGCUCAGAGUCAAAAGGAAUAAAGAGGCAAAAGUGGAUAAAGGAGACAGCGGCGAAGUCGUCCUUGAAAUUGAGCGCCGAUGGGCUGUCAACGACAGGGCCAAGGGUCUCGUAUUGAACAUCGCCGUGGGCUCGUCGUUCGUUUGGAUCUCAACUCGUGAGAGCCCAGUGGUGGAAUGCUGGAAUUUCUUCAAAGCUAAGUUUCUUGGCUCCAUUGACUGUCUGACAAUUCUCAGAGACGCUGGGUAUACAGGCAAUUUACGUGAAACACGAGUGCUUAGCCUUCUUCUUUCGCACAAGACGCUAUGGGUUGGACUGGGUACUGGUCACGUGGUUCUCGUAGACCCUUCGACGCAGAAGCCUCUAAAGUUGAUCCACCGUCACGUGUCUGCUGUACGGUGUCUCGCAGACACGCAUAGCUCCUCAUCUCCUAAAUCGACGUCGUUGGUGUUGACGGGAGGAAUGGGGUUCAUUGAGAGACACGGCUGCGAGUGGAAGAAAGCUAUUUCAGAGUGCGGAUAUACGCUCGUGUGGGAGGCAGAUUUUAUGGAACAGGCCAAACAUCUGGAGGAUCACAUCCGUCGAAGGCGCGAACUUUCAAAUACGCUCGUGGAAUGAAAGAUAAUGUUUGAAAAUUAUGUGCUUGGCAUGCGCGCGAUUUGUCAAAGCGUGAGGGAUUUAGACCGACACACGCGAGCGGAAAGUCACGCGCACGCAUUUUACUCGCGUCCUUGCUGGAGGUUCGCGAAAAUAAUGAAAAUGAUGAAAAUUUUGAAAAUAGGGGCUUAUAUUAUCAAAAACGGUAGUCAUCGUCUAAUUGGACAAGGUUAUCUACAUCACGUUAUUCAAAGUAAGUUCAGGUGACGUUUAAAAUUACCUAUAAUUUGAGAAAAUUAUUGUAGAAAAUGAUGAUGAGUAAAAUAAAAAAAAUAUAUGACAUAGAAAGCACCGAAAUGUUAUGAAUACACCUGAAAAAUAGAUGGAUUGUGAAGGUUGCAGAGGAUUGAGAAGGACUGCAAACGACGGCCUUCCCCUUACCUUAUUCCCGCACGCUAAUUCCCUGCGUGAUUAAUUUAAAUUCGAGAAAAAAAUGAAAGGUGAUUUUGACUACGUAGCUGCGCCACUUAUUUAGCCAGUGGAUAAUACGACCGUAAGUGCUCUUUUAGAAGGGUAAACUGAUCAGUUUCUGUCUUUAUCACAAUUGAGUGGGUACGUGAUUUUUACAAGGUUACGACAUUUGGAAAGUUCUGUUACAAGGACUCUAUCAGAGGCCUUGUAGAGAACAUUCUGAUGUGAUAUUUUUAGGCUUUUAACAUGUUUUGUGCAGGUCGGGUUUGUUUACAUGCGAAUUGCCGUUCUUUUAUCAAGUAAAAGAGAGAGAGAGAGAAUAGUGCAAGCUGGACUUGAUAAUUUUCUUUUCAUGUUGUGAAGUUGUUGAUGGAUGAUUCGUUUUCAUCCUGUUUACAAUCUUGGAUAUUACUAGUUAAAUCAUGGAUCCUGCAGCUCUUUGGGUUGUGUGCUCUAUAUUUUUUUAAAAUGCAUGUUACAGACUAUAUGAUUGUAAAAUUUUCUGUGAUACAUAGCAUAGAACACUCUGAGAUACUAGAAACAUUUUGAAUAUUAAGUAAUAGCAGAUAAAAGAAACUAAAGAAUGGGAACUUUG